GGUAAACCUGCAGAUAUUUUACAUUCUCCUGCUUUUGAAGUAGCAACAAUCUAAUCCAUAUGGUACACAGAAAUAUUCAACAGCACUUCAGAUGAAUUAAUUGUUGUAGAAAUUGAAUUUAACUAAUUCUGCUUACAUUCAACUUAAUGAUUAAAGGAUAAUUAGUUUCUAUUAGUGACGUCUCAAGUGGUAUUACAUCAUAAUAUGACUCCUGGAAAAGUGUUCAAUAAUUAAUGUAAGUGGUGAGAGUGUAUAAACCUACAUUUCACAUGUACCAAUUUGUUUGGUAUUACAUAAUUGAGGUAUGAUAGAAAAAUAUAUUAUUUUUGCCACGUUGUGAAUAUUCAACACUGAAAUAAGGCUCUACUAGCCUACUGAUCUGUUUUGUGAUUAAUACUGUUCAAAUAAAUUUGUGCAGUAGUGCAGCAGGAAGGUUUUAAAGGUAAUUUUGCCUAGUUCAUAAACUGUUUGGGAUGUGUUAUUUUGUCUAUUGUACGUGAGUUGCUUCUAAUGAGAGUUUCCUUUGAAGUCGCAUAAUUAGAUGGUCAUGUUGCGCUUCCACUGCUUCCAGUAUGCCUACGUCAAAAAUCUUGCGAAAUUCAAAAGUAUCGUGGUUUUAUGAUGAACGUUCGUUCGUUCACAGAGCCACAGAGCGCAUGCUCGGCCGUUUCCUGGUGGUGGAAAUCGGAACUAAUCGGAAAUGAAAUGAGUCGAUAGUCGAUUGAGUCGAUACAAAUGCAAGAUACAAGAUACAAUGGCGUUUGUCGCCAAAAACCUAUUUUGACUUGACAUUGCCAGUGAACGUUCGAAAAUUUGUUGAUUAAAUUAUGAAAUUACUUUGACGAGGUUUGUGUGUUCAAAAACGUUGUGAAAGUUUUGAAGUUGCGUCCGAUCGAGUAUCGCGACAGUGUGGACAGUCGGAAAAUAGCGAAAAUUGUCGUAAAACGCCCUUAUUGAUUUUCGCUCAUGGGUGCAGCGAGACGUGCUUCGCAUGUUCGCGUUUCUAUAUGGUGGAAAUUGAAGAAAAUCGCUUCAUCAAUCGCCUAAAUGUGUUCAUUGUGAUUAGCCAAAGAAGGAAAUUCCAUUAUCACACGUUCCUUUGAUUCCUGCCGUGUUUUCUGCUCCUCAGUGGUUGCAGAAAUCCGUGUCUGUUCGAAAUGUCGAGAGCAAAUCCAGAAGGAUUCACGUUACAUGCAAAAUUCAACGGAAUCCCGAAUUUUCGUACGCCGCGGUUUGGCCCUGCCAUGACUUCCCAACGGAAUUGAACGAAUCCGUCAUUCUUUCGAAAUUUUUCGUGAUUCGGUCAACAUGGUCUCGAGGUACGUGAAGCCAGAAGGGAUAUGUCUGUUUCCGCCUUCGCAUCACUACAGGAUGAUGCCGCCACAAAGAGCUGAAGGUUUCUCCGUACCGAACCAGCAGGGCGCGUACGGGCCCCCGCCGCCUCAGCAACAGCAGCAGCAGCAGCAGGGCCCCCCCGGUGGUCUGCGGGGCAUCGCGCAAGCGCAGAGUGGGGCCCCGCCGCCCCCCAAUCAGGCGCCGACGCCGCCCAAUGCCGCCGACCAGCUCAAGGUGCAGACGAUGCAGCAGCAGCAGCCGCCUUCCAUGAAUCAUAUACAAUACGUGCAACAACAGGUGCGGCCUCCGGCAGCGACGUAUUAUCCAAGACCGGCCGGUCCGCCCAAUCAGGGUCAAAGGAUGCAAAGUCACAACAGCAGGCCGCAGCAGCAGCAGCAGAUGUACGCGGGUCCGGCGCAGCCGCAGUACGUGCUGCAGCAGCCCGUGUACAUAACCUCAAAUUCGGGCGUGCAGUACGCGGGCUACCCCGCCCAGAGGCCGCCCUACGUGCAGCAGAUAGCGACCUCCCAAGCCGUCUUCGGCCCGCCCAUCGCCGCCUACACUCCCUACAACGCCAAUCCCAACCCGCCCAACCAGGUUUACAACCUGAACAACUACUAUUCGACGCCGGUGGUGCGACACCCGCCCGCCCCGCCCGUCAACCCGAACAACCCCGCCGGGCAGAACGUGCCGAUGGCGGCGGUCCCGAUGGCGGCCGCGAUGCCGCCCCCUUUGCAGCAGCCCUUCCAGAGGCAGCCGCCCAAUAGGCGGAGGGCCAACGCGCUGCCGAUCAUCGAUCCGACGACAGGUGCUGAUAGACUGCAAGAAAUAUUCGAAGAUAGUUCGCACCCGCCCUCGGGCGACUCCUCUGCCCGGCAGACGCCGCAACCGCCCUCUGCCGCCCAGAAUUCGCACAACAAGGAAGUGCAAGCCACCUUCGCCAAACAGGUUAUGCAAGCGUUGGAGGAGCGGCCGCAAGACCCCCCACCCCACGACCAGCAGCAGCAGCAGCAUCACCACCCUCAGGCGCCACCUCCCUCGGAGGUGGCGCAACAACACCACCCCGUCGUAGGACCCAAUCACCUGGCGGAGCACGUGCAGCAACAGCCGCAGGUGUUUGUGCCGGCGGGGGUGACUUUAACGGCGCCGCCACCGCCCCAUCACCAGCUGUCCAAGAUGGAGCACGUGGUGCAGUCUAGCAAGUUGCAGCCGUGCGCGAAAGAAUUCGUCUUGCCCACCCCCUCGCUUCCCGCCCCCACCACCGCCGCCGUCAUCGCUGCCGCCUCCGCCAAAGAGACGCCGAUCGUGUCGGCGAACUGCGACGCCGUCGAAGUGACGCUGCCCAACAAGCUGCCCAAGGACAGGGAGAGUCCCGCUAAGGGCAGGGCGAAGCCGAGGGCGGACCAACCAUUGCCGCCCUCGCAGGUCAGGGAGCGCGGGGAUUCGUCGAAGGAGGCGCAGGCGCCCCAGGCGGCGGUCGAGAAAGAGGUUGUCGUGCCGCCGGUGGUCAAGGAUGAGGUGAAACCCGUACUGGAGCAACAACCACCUGCCGUCGAACAGGCGGAACCUCCGGCGGCGGUCCCACCCCCGCCGGCGGUCCAGCCGCCUCCCAAAGAAGUGCCGAAGGAGCCCCAGCAGCCCGACAAGAAGAAGAAGGACUCCUCCAAGGCGGAGGUGUCGGUCGCGGCGCCGCCUCAGCAGCCGGCUCAGACACAAGAUGGCGGAAGUAACGCAAAAAAACAAAAUGCUCAACGCUCCGCUUCCAAGCAACAGCAGCAACAGCAACAACAAAAGCAACCUGCAGUCGCAGCUGUUGCCGUCGCCGUGCCGAACAAGCAGAAGGGCGUCGCGACGCCCGUCACGACGGCGGUGCCUGCUGCGGCGCCUCUGCCGCAGCCGCCCAAGACUGCCAGUAAGGCGCACAAGAAGCACGAGCUGAACCAGAAGGGGGCCAACAAGGAGGGCACCGACAUGGACGCUUUCAACGAUAACGUGCGGUCAGAGGAAGAGGUAAACUCCAACGUCAUCCCUGCGAUAGAAGACACCACCCCCACCAUUACCGCCCCCACCAUAACCCCCACCCCCAACGAUAUAAUCAACGCCAACUCGACCGUCGACAUCCCCGCCUCCGUGACCAUCGAGAACAGCAGAAACGUCGUCGAAUCGACACCGCCCCCACAGGUGGUGAAACCGGCCCCGGAGCCAACGGUGAAAAAAUCCAGUUUCGACAUCACGUCUAUCGUUCGAGAGAAGCCGAAGCCGUUCGUGAGUCCGGCGCCGGCGCCGGCGGGCGGGCAGGACGAGCCGGAUAGGGCGGCCGUCGUCGGGGGCGGCAUCAACGACAAGUUGGUGCAGGCCAAGAACGAAGCGAACGCCAAGACGGCGGGCGGGCUGGACAACAAGUUGCCUUAUAAGGAUGGUCAAUGGUCACCCGCUAACCAAGCCGGGUUGAAGGUGUACCAAAGAGACUUCCUGUUAUCUCUAAAAGACUUACCUGCUAGUAGAAAAACACCAGACAAUAUUCCCGACGUUAUUUUCAUGAUAGAUGACAAUAAUAGGGGGCGUCUUAGUGAUGGAAGAUCUUCAAUGGGAGGUCGGUCCGAUUUCACUCCAUCGUUCAACUACGGUGGCAAAUCUAGUUCUCAAAGAGGGGUGGUUUCGAAGAGGCCCAGCCAGGGCAAGAUGGACGGCCGAGGAGGCGGCGGCGGCGGUGGCAACAGCGGCAGCAUGAGCGGCGGCGCCAACAAAUCCUCGAAACCCUUGAUGAAGGUAUCGAUAUCGGUGCGCGAAGACGUGAAAUUGCACGAAACGGAGAACGCCUGGCGACCGGCGCGCUUCAAGAAGGGCGAAGCGGCCACCGAUGACGACAAAAGGACCGAGGAGUUGUACAAGAAGGUGCGCGGCGUGCUCAACAAGCUGACGCCGCAAAAGUUCGAAACGUUGCUGGCGCAGAUCAAGGGUCUGCCGAUUGAUACGUCGGCCAGGUUGCAGGGUGUUAUCGAUUUGGUGUUCGAGAAGGCGGUGGACGAGCCGAAUUUCUCGGUGGCGUAUGCGAAUAUGUGCAAGGAGCUGGCUCUUAUGCAGGUGCCGACCAACAAUAGUACGCCGGACAAACAGGAGUUCGUCAACUUCCGUAAAUUACUCAUCACCAGGUGUCAGGUGGAAUUCGAGAAGAAUUCCAUCGACGAGGUGACCAGGAACAACAAAGUGAAAGAAAUUGAAGAGACCACCGAUCCCGAAAAGAAAAAGGACCUGCAGUUCGAUCUGGAAGAUUAUGACAGGCGACUUAGGAUGAAAUCUGUAGGAAAUAUUAGAUUUAUAGGAGAGCUGUUCAAACAGAACAUGCUCACCGUUAACAUAAUGAUGCGUUGUCUGGCCAAUCUGCUCGAGAACAAGGACGAAGAGAGCUUGGAGUGCCUCUGCAAACUGUUGACCACCAUCGGCAAAGAGUUGGAGAGCAACAAACAGGUCAAUUUGCAGCCCAUCUUCGGCCCUAUGAGGGACAUCAUCACCAAGAAGGAGCACAAGGUGAGCAGCCGCAUCCGCUUCAUGCUGCAGGACGUGUUGGACCUGCGGCACAGCAAGUGGGUGCCUCGUCGGCAGGACUUCAACCCGAAAACGAUCGAUCAGAUCACGAAGGAGGCGGCCGACGAGCACCUCAACAUCCAGAUCAUGAAUUCGGGACCGAUGCCGCAACAAAUGCAGCAAAUGCAGCAGCAAUCGAGGAAGGACGACCGGAUGGGCGGCAACGACAGGCGGGGCGGCUCGGGGGGCGGCCGAGGUGGCAACAAGGUGGGAGACGAGGGGUGGAUCACGAUGGGCAACAACAAGGGGAGGACGAACGACCGGUAUACGGGAGGACAGAACGAGAGGUUCACCUUCCAGAAGGACAAGCUGAAGACGACGGCGCCGAUGGCCGACGAACCUCUCGGUACUCCCUCGAUGUUCGGCAGAUGGGGUAAAGGUUCAGUGGUAUCGAAUACCAAAGCACCUACCCAACAAAUGCUACCCAAUACUACCAAUAUGUAUGCGCCUCUAGACAAUAUGGACGGGGACAAACGUGGAAUGAAUUCCCGACCCGGCUACAACAAUAACAACAACAAAGACUCCUACCAUUCGAAGGGCAACAGCUUGGAGCGCUACAACCCGAAAUACGACGGCAGGGGUUCGCGCUCCAGCUCCCAGCACCGCUCCCACGAAGGCGGCGCCCCGCCCGCGCAACGGUCGAUGGGCCCGCCCCCCUCGCAACAGAGGCUGCCCGCCCAACAACCUGUUGCCGCUCAACCUGUUGCCGCCCCCGUGCCGGUCCAAGCGGUGGCCGAGCCGCAACCGGUGGCAGUCGAAGAUGUCAGCCGGGUGAUGCUCAGCGAGGACCAGAUCCACAGGCGGAUCACCAACAGUUUGGACGAGUUUGUGUCGGGCAAUUGCUCGGUGGAGGAGUACUUCCAGGAGAUCAGUACGGAUAUACCGAGCCAUUGCAUCAAAGAGAUCAUCAGGGAUAGCUACCUCCACGUGUUGGAAAAAAAUUCGAAUGCCCGCCUAACGACGGGCUCCCUAUUCGCCGCCCUGGUUAGCCAAGGCCAGAUCCAGCUGGAGGACUACUGCGUCAAUCUCGAAGACGUUCUCUCGCAGGUCGAGGAUCUUAUGAUCGACAUUCCCAAAAUAUGGGAUUACUUGGCCGAACUUAUGGUUGAUCUUUUAUGCAUGGAGGCCGUUCCGUUGAAAAGGCUGCACAAAUCCUGCAUAAUUUUGAUUGGCCAAAGACAGGCCGAUAGACUGUUAGCCCCACUUUUCAAAUUGGUAGUUAGUAAAAAGGGUCCCAAUUUCUUGCAAAGCUCGUGGAGCAAAUCGGGACUGCAGUUGGCCGACUUUAUGGACAGCUCGCUUGUACAAAGUUUUAUUAGUGACAAUCAAUUAGAAUUCCUGGUAGGUGGCGCGACUUCCGCCGGUCAGAGUCAGCUCUCCUACGAGGACAUUCAACAGAAAAUGUUGGAAUUCCUUAGGGCCAACAGCAAUAUCGAUGAAAUUAGCAAUUGGAUAACGGCGAAUGUCGGUGAUCGGGUGAAAGAGAACAAGUUCAUCAGGUCGUUGUCGACGGCGAUCUUCCAGGACUCGAUAGACGAGGAGAAGAAAUGCAAAUUGAACAAGGAGAGAUUGGCGCAACACAUUACGCUGCUCAUCAAGUACGUCGAUCACAGGGAGGAGUACGAGCUGCAAUGUUUGUACGCCCUGCAGGCGCUCAUCAAUCGAAUGGAACAUCCAUCCGGUCUUCUGCUACAGAUAUUUGAAACAAUCUACGAGUUACUGGCUUUCUCGCAAGAGGCUUUCAUGAUGUGGGAGACGAGCGUGGAUCCAGCUGAACAGGAAGGAAAAGGAGUGGCGCUGAAACAGCUGACUUCUUUCUUCACCCAGCUGAAAGAGAACAUCGAAGAUGAGGACGAGGAAGGAGAAGAAGAGGAGGAAUCGUCGGGCUCCGAAGGGCCAUUAGGCUCUUCCGCACAGGCUAAACAGAAACAUUGGAAUAAUGCCGAGUGGAAAUUCGAAAAGGAGUUCUCCUUGUCACAUUUUCAAAUGGAAAAAGAAUAAAACUGUGUGUGGGGACCUUGUGGUGGGCCAUUUCAACUGUCGAUUUGUUUAUAUGUUCUCAAAGAGCACCACGUGCCGUUUUUGUUAUAUAAAUUAAUUUGUUAUCUCUUCUAUCAUGAUUUUUCUUUACCGUUAAGUUGUAUACAAAAUAAUAGGUAUAAUUAUUGUUCUGUAUAAUGAAUAUACAGCUGCACACUUCAGUUUUAGAUUCAGAUUUUCAUUUUGUUGGUUCCCUUUAUGAUUUUGAUCUUCAUUCUGUUUUUAUUCUCUCUUUCUCUAUUUGGAAAACCGAUCUGAAACUGCUUUGAGCGACUGUUGCUAGUCAGAAGUUAUUUGAAAUGAAUACCAAGAAAUAUUGUAUAUGUUUCUUCCGAACAUAUACAUUAUUUUUCUGACCGAUGAUGAUGAUGAUUUAUGAUGAUUUGUACAUAGACUUCCCCCAAAAAUAAAUGCGUUUAAACC